UUUUUUAACGAGUGCCUUCUCUAACUUUCAAACUAUCUAGGUUACUACAUCGAAAAAGAGGACCCGGAUGUCAGUGAGCUCAAGGUGAACCGAUGUUUGAUAUAACAAUAUCUAGGAUAUUUUUAUUUAGUAAAACGAAAUCCUCUCCCACGCUAGUGAGGAAAUCAAGGACUGAAUGUACCACGUGAACUGGUUUGACCAAUCACCGCUUGAGUUCUGAACUGAAGUGUAUAAAUAUGAGGCGGUUGCCCAUAGAGACGUCCGCCAUUGAAGACUCGUUUUCAAUGUACUUGAUAUUGGUAAAACCGUGUAUUGUUUUUUUUAAAUAUUAUUUGUUAGCAAACUAAAAACAGCAACAUUUUUAUCCACCGCAUCAUCGGCGACAGUUUCAUUUGGCAUCCUUCCAGCAGAACACGGUCGGCAAAGAACGUCUGUCUCAGUUCGGCAGUAAAAACAAUCUUGUUGUGCCAGAGACGGAAAGUAGUAUUGGAGGAAGAUGUGUGAUGAGAGCUGAGCUACGGAAAAUAACUGCUACCCCGUGUCCACCGCGCUUUGGACUGCAUCAUGAUGACGGACGCCAAAUACCCUUCGGUGUCCAGGGUGGGAGGCGUGAACCCUCCUCCGCCGAAGUUCAACAACCCAAAGAAACCUGGUCGCCAAACCAACCAGCUGCAGUACCUGGAGAAGGUGGUGGUCAAGGCCCUGUGGAGACACAACUUCUCCUGGCCUUUCAGGACGCCUGUUGAUGCUGUCGGACUGCACAUUCCAGAUUACUAUACAAUUAUCAAGACGCCAAUGGACUUGAGCACCAUCAAGAAGCGUCUUCAGAAUAAUUAUUACUGCAAAGCAUUGGAAUGCAUACAGGACUUCAACAAACUCUUCACCAACUGCUAUGUAUAUAAUCGGCCUGGAGAUGACAUAGUUCUGAUGGCCCAAGCCUUGGAGAAGAUCUUCCUACAGAGAGUGGCUGAGAUGCCCCAGGAAGAGACUGAGAUAUCUGCCAUCACAACCAAGACACCAGUGAAGGGUGUGGUGAAGCUGAGGCCCCAGUCCCCUGUGUCUGAGGUGGUGUUCCAGCAGACAGUGACAGUCAUCCCUCCUGAGGCCCUCCACACCGUCCCCCCUGCUGCCCAGCUCUCCUCACACAUAGUAGCCAAAAUAAAGAAGGGUGUGAAGAGAAAAGCAGACACCACCACGCCGACAGCCUCUGCUCCGAUCACCAGCUGCGAGUCGUCCCCCAUCGUUGAUGGCUCGAUGGCCUGUAAGCUGUUCUCCAGGCGGGGCAGCAGUCGGCCCAUCAAACCCCCCAGGAAAGACCUGCCGGACUCUCCCCAGCACCACCAGAGCAAAAAGAGGAAGCUCUCUGAUCAGCUCCGCUUCUGUAACUGCAUCCUGAAGGAGAUGUUCACCAAGAGGCACGCGGCCUAUGGCUGGCCCUUCUAUAAGCCGGUGGAUACGGAGGCCCUGGGUCUACGCGACUACCACGACAUCAUCAAGCAGCCCAUGGACCUGGGCACCAUACGGAAAAAAAUGGACGAACGUGAGUACAUGGAUGCCCAGGAGUUUGCUGCUGAUUUCAGACUCAUGUUUUCCAACUGUUACAAAUACAACCCACCCACCCACGAAGUUGUUAUUAUGGCAAGAAAACUCCAGGAUGUGUUUGAGGCACGCUGGCUGAAGCUUCCAGACGAGCCAGUGAGGAGUGCGGGUGAUCCAGGACACCACGGUCACCACGGGGACAAGAAAGCGAGAGGAGAUGGGCCUGAGUGCUCUUCCAGCACAGGCAGCAGUGACAGCGAGAGCUCUUCUGAAUCAGAGUCCUCCUCUGGUACGGAGGAAGAGGAGGAGGAAGAGGAGGCCAGAGUUCUACGGCUGGCUAAACUAGAGGAACAGUUGAAAGCGGUACACGAUCAGCUGCAGAAACUCACGCAGGAGCCCCUGCUCAAACCAAAGAAGAAAGAGAAAUCAAAGGAGAGAAGAAAAAAGAAGGAAACAAGUAGUAGACCGAAGCAGGAAGAAGACCUGAGGAAGACCAAACCUAAAGUACAGCAGAGGGGCAUCAAUAAGGGCACGUCUGCAGUGCACGGCAAGAGGAGGAAGAUGGCACUCCCAAUGGUGCCCUACAAGUCUGAUGAGGAAGAGGUGCCAGCGUUGCCCAUGUCGUACGGUGAGAAGAGGCAGCUGAGCCUGGACAUCAACAAGCUUCCGGGGGACAAACUGGGUAAGGUGGUGAACAUCAUCCAGGCCAGGGAGGCCUCGCUCAGAAAUGCCAACCCUGAGGAGAUCGAGAUCGACUUUGAGACCCUCAAGCCCUCCACCCUCAGGGCCCUGGAGAGCUUCGCCAUGACCUGCCUCAGGAAACGGCCCAAGAAACACAACCUGAAUAAGCUGGUGAAAACCAAAGGACCAAUACAGACUGUGAAGAAGCAGAAUGCAGAGAAAUAUCUCCAGAGUAUUACUGAAGAAAUGAGCUCACUGGCAAAGAAGAAAAAGACAACGUAUGAGCUCCCCAGGGCUCCUGCUGUCCCAGACCUAGCCCCGCAAUCCCGUCUCCGUGAGGGUAUCGGCUCUGACAGCUCCAGCAGCAGUAGUAGUGAUUCUAGCAAUUCUGAUAGCAGUGACUCUGAUUCAGUGAAGAAAACCAAGAAGAAGAAGAAAAGCAAAGGUGAUCCACACAAGGUCAAGACCAAGACCAGCCAGCCCCUGCCUGCCUCUCCACCCCCAGGAGCAGUCACUAAAGGCCAGUCUACACAGCAGUACCCAGCCCAGCUUCCUCUAGAUCUGCUCAUCUCACCCCCAGCCUUACACAGCCGCCUGCCUCCGCAGCCUUCAAGACCUAGUUCCAAAGCAGCACCACUACCUCGCAAAAACAUGGUGCCUCCCCAGCAGCUUACUGACAGUCAGCCCCAACAACAAGACCUAUCUGAGAGCCCUACUACCCCCUCCCUCACCCCCCCUUCUGCCGCUUCCUGUGACCCCUCCCUGGCUCUAACUCUGCCCACAGACCCUCUCAGCACAACAUCCACCCCCACACAAGAACCUCCAUCGAGCCUACGCUGUUUGCCCCAGCCCUCUCCCUUAGCACUCCUCACCUCUCCUCAUUGUCAGUCACCAGGUCAGACACAGGAGGUGAAAACUGGGCCAGUUUAUCUCAAUCUACCUGAUAGGGCACAACAGGAAGGUCUAUCUGCACUGUUGUCCCCUCUGACCUCUCCUCCUGUAGGUUUAUUACAGGCUGCUGGCAGCAGAUAUGAGCAGCUGUACCCAGUGCUGUUGUCCCCUCUACAAGACAGCCCAUUACAGCCUGUGAAGGAUGACAGGAGGCCCUCGGAAGCACUGGAGGAGAUUCCCUACAGGAAGCUGCAGAAACAGACUAAUACCAGACACUCUGACAGUGUGUUUGAUGGUGGCAACACCAGCCUAUCUCAUCCAGCUAAUAAAACCACUGCUGACGGAAAAAACACGCCUGCCAAAAAGGAUAUUGUCCUGAAGAACGCAGACUCCUGGGCUAGUCUGAGGAAGAUGUCGCUUUCCACUCCUUCUACGGUGAGGUCAUCGAAGGAGAGCUUUGAUAAGUUUCGCAGGGCAGCCAUAGAAAAGGAGGAGAGAGAGAAAGCUCUGAUUCUAAGGAGGAUGCAGAUGAAGGAGAUGGCUUCUGGGAAGAGCAGCCUGACGAUGCCAGUAUCAGUGCCACCUAGAGCAGCAGAACCGGAGCCCCUGCCCUGUAGAACUCCAACCCCAGAGCCAGCAGAGAUCCCCCUGCAGACAGAGGCCAUCGUGGAGCCUCCGUCUCCUAAAGCUCCAGAGGCCCCGAGAGAGGAGUCUCUAGCGGCUGCCCCAACCCCACCUCCGCCCCUCACUACUCAGACGUCUGUGGACAGGGAGAGGGAGAUGGCCCGCAGGAGAGAACAGGAGCGACGCAGACGGGAGGCUAUGUCUGGUAUCAUUGACAUGACCAUGCAGAGUGACAUCAUGGCAACGUUUGAGAAGAACCUGGACUAACAUAAAAUGGCAGCAGGCAGUGCAGCUUGUGACCGACUGAUGUCUUCUGUUGUUGGACAAUAAAUAAAUGAGCAUGGUGUUCCAGUAGACAGCACCCUAGGUCUCUUCUCUCCCUCCAGACACUGGCUGUCUGAACAGAGCGAGCUGCAUCUAAAUUAAGGAAACGGGUCAUUGUUGCUUCCCAAAUGACAAUCCUACCCCCUAUAUAGUGCCCAAUUUUGGGGUCUGGUCAAAAUGAUUACAUUAUAUAGGAAAUAGGGUGCCAUUUGGGACAGCCUAUUACUAUCCUUACCAGGGAAAGCUUGUACUGUACUAUAUCAGCAUCACAUAACAUAACCCCAGUACAUUUUAGUAUAGUUGUCAACUGUAAGAAGAUACUGUAAGAUGUAAAAUAUUGAUAUUGCAACAAAAAAAACUAUGGACCAUAUAUAGAUGGCAUUUGACUUUCCUUUUUCUACUCAUGGUGAUGGUGGUUUUGUAAAUAUCUGCUGCACUGAAGUAAUGCUUACCUCUUAGAGAAAAAGACUAAGUAAAAAGUUAGCAAAAUGAAGAGCUGUUGAAAAAAAUUAAUGUUGAAAAUAACUUGUUUUUCCUCCAACACGUAGAGUCGUCUGUUCCUUUUCACCUAUGUUACUUCCCAAAUGGCACCCUAUUGCCUUUGUAGUGUAUUACUUUUGACCAGGGCCCAUAGGAUCUUGUAAAAAGUAGUGCACUAUAUAGAGAAUAGGGUGCCAUUUGGGACACUACUUGGUGAGUCGUCCUCCUAUGACUGCAGUACACAUCAACCGGUUCACACACUUCUUAACAUUCCAACUCUGACUUGGCUGAAAUGCAUAACCUGACCUUUUUGUGUUUGCUACACUCCCAAAUAGUAAUACUAUGUAUAUCCAUGUACUGCACUGUAUAGUUUCUCCAGUUAUAGUUCUUAUCUUCAUACUUCAUUCAUAGUUACAAUUCUGCACCUUUAUUGUGGAAAAAUCUUCAAUAUGAGUUUUACAAUGCAUGUCCUAUUUGAUUGACUUUAGUAAAACAAAAUGCCUUUCUGUUCCAAACAUAUUUUUGUUUAUCUGUAUGAAAUCAUACUUAGUAUUUUGUUACACGGAGGCUGAAGAUGUGUCGAUCUUUGCCAAAAUGUCUAUUUCAAAUGUGGGACUUAUUUAAAACUGUACACUUGUUUUGAGUUUCUGCUUGAAAAAGUUUAAUUAAGUGCCAUGUAUAGUGGUGUGCUUAUAGCAAACUUUAGGUAUUGUUAAUGCCUACAUUGUUGGCUUUUUCUAAUCAAGAUCCAAUCCUGACUAAAUGUUUUGGGAGACAUGUAAGACUUUGUUAAUGUUUUUUUGAUCCUAUGGUUCUAGCUAUUCUGCAGUUUUUUUUUCUCUCUUUGACAUGAACAGUAGCACUUUAUUCUGUAUCUUGUGGUAUGCGUGAAUGUCAUGCCAUUUAUAGAGAAAGAACUAAUAUACUUUUGAGAAGAUCACACUCUAAAAGCUAAAUCAUAAAAAGAUUUUCAUUAAAGCAGUGUUUUCUCUA